AAUAAACAUUCUAAAAUAAAAUAAAAUGAAUUUGUUGUUUUUAUGUCUAUACAUUCUAAUAGUUUUAAUAGUUUUUGAUUUUGUUAGAAAAAAUCUUAGACUAGGCCCCAAUGACCCAAAAGGACCUAUUUCACUUCCACUAUUUGGAAAUCUUUUAAUGUUGGGAAAAAACCCACACAGAACACUAACUGCAUUAUCACAUGUAUAUGGCGGAGUUUUUAGACUUUAUAUGGGUGAUCAUUACGCAAUGGUUAUUACCGAUCCCUAUGUAGUUAGACAAAUUUGGAAUAAAAGGUUUUCAAAUUUUUCAAAUAGACCACAUCCAAAUAGUUAUAGGAACUAUAGUGGCGACUUUCAAGACCUUGCAUUUGCAGAUUAUAAAUUAUGGAAGAAAAAUAGACAGUUGGUUUCGAGUGCAUUCACAAAAACAAAAUUAAAAACUGUAGAAGAUAUUAUUGAAAGACAAACCAGAUAUUUAGUAGAUUCAAUGAAAAAAUGCUCAAAUGAAAACGAAUAUUUUGAACCUAAAAAGUAUUACAGUAAAUUUGCAAUUAAUAUUGUAUGCGGUAUGAUGUUUAGUAAAGAGAUUUCGCCAGAGGAAAGUGUCGACCAAGGUUCAAUGGCUAAAUUAACUGUUCCAAUUCAAAGUGUGUUUAAAAAAUUAGGUGCUGAUAAUCCAGAUGAUUUUAUUUCAAUACUUUCACCAUUCUUUUAUUUUGCAAACAAAAAGUUUAAACGUCAAGUAGAGGAUAUUUACGAAUUUAUGGAGGGUAUAUAUGAUGACCACGUAGUUAAUUUAGAUCCACAAAAUCCAAAAGAUCAAAUGGAUUUGCUUAUUAUUGCAUCGAAUGGUGAGGCUAAAUUUAUGGUAAUACACACCGCAAUGGAUUUCUUAUUGGCUGGAUCUGACAGCAAUGCCGCAGUUAUUGAGUGGUUUUGCUUGUUUUUAAUAAACAAUAAGGAUAUUCAAAAGAAAGCAUACGAAGAAUUGGUUGGCUGCUUAGGUAAAGAUUCAAAGUUUGUUUCUAGUAGUGAUAGACAGCAAUGCGAAUACAUGGUUUCCAUUAUCAAAGAAAUUUUAAGAGUAAGACCUGUAGGACCAUUAGGAAUCCCAAGAGUUGCAUUAGAAUCAACAAAUAUCGAAACUAAAGAUGGAGAGUCGGUAUUUAUUCCCAAAGGUACACAAGUUUAUCAAAAUAUUUAUGGUUUGGGUCACAAUUAUGUAGAAAAUCCACACACAUUCAGACCUGAAAGAUGGAUAGAAUAUAGGAAAUUAAAAGAGUUUAAAGAUAUUAAUGGAAUUAAAGAAAAAGAUUACUUUAACGACUUGGAUAGAGUUUGCAUUCCAUACUCUGUUGGAAAUAGAAAUUGCCCUGGUAUGGCUUUAUCUGAAAUGAUAUUAUUCUCUGCAUGUGCAAAUAUUUUAUUAAACUUUGAAUUAGAUUCAGUCAGUGGAAAUAAUCUCGAUGAAGAGGAGGUAUUCGGUUUAACAAUUCACCCUAAACCAUUCUCAAUUAAGUUAACUCCAAGAUUUUAAAAAAAACAAAAUUAUUUGUAUUAUUUAAUGGUUUAAAAACUGAUUAUCAAGAAUCAACAAAAGCAUUUUUAAAAAUAAAUAAAAUAUUAAAAUAAAUAAUUAAAUAUUCCCUCC